UAAUGAGUCCCCAGUAUAGAGUAACACAGGGUCUGUGUAUGCAGGGGCCACUUCUUAACUUGUGAUAGAGGUCAUAACACAUUGUAGUAAAUAUAUCGGACUGGUGCCAGUAUACGAUUAAGGAUGUUCUUUUUAAAAAUGCAAAAAUAAACGUACAGUAAUUCAUUCCUUUGUCCAUGUCUCUAUAGAAAUGCAAUAUACUUCAAUAUCUGCUCUUAAAACUGGAUAUUUAUUUCACGUCAAUUUUCUUUUCUCAGAAUCUUUGCAGAUUACGUAUCCCAGCAGGCAAUACUACAAUUGCCGCAUUUAUUGCUGACACAGAGGUUCGCAGUUCACUGCACUCCGGCGGUGUAAGAACACAAGACAAACAGCUGCUGACUGCGGUUCCUGCUCCGGAUAAAAAUGCUUAUAUUAAUGACGUUUGGAAGCAUCGCAAUAGUCGUCGUUCUUUCGGUAGCAUUGGCUCCAUACAUCAGGAGGUAUUUUGCUGGGGGAGUGUGUAAGUCAGCAGCCAGGCUUGAUGGGAAGACCGCGCUCAUUACCGGGGCGAACACAGGAAUCGGGAAGGAGACAGCCAGGGACCUGGCGCGCAGGGGUGCUCGUGUGAUCAUUGCCUGUCGAGAUCUAUCGAAGGGAGAAGCUGCUGCCUCACAGAUCCGUGCAGAAACGGGCAGUGAGAGGGUGCUGGUGAGGAGGCUGGACCUUGCUGAUACCCGCUCCAUAAAGCAGUUUGCAGAGGACUUCUUGAAAGAGGAGAAUCGGCUUCACAUCCUGAUCAACAAUGCCGGGGUGAUGAUGUGCCCAUAUUCACACACUGUGGAUGGUUUUGAAAUGCAGUUUGGAGUCAACCACCUGGGUCACUUCCUCCUCACUCACCUUCUGCUGGAUCUCCUGAAGCAGAGCGCUCCCGCCCGCAUCAUCAACGUCUCAUCACUAGCGCACAACUUCGGGCGAAUCAAAUUCGACGACCUGCAGAGUGAGAGGAGCUACGAGGGGGGGCUGGCCUACUGCCAGAGCAAGCUGGCUAACGUGCUGUUCACCCGCGAGCUGGCCAAGCGCCUGGCAGGAACCAGGGUGACGGUGAACUCUCUGCACCCCGGCUCUGUGAAGUCUGAGCUGGCCAGACACUCCUCACUGAUAGCCCUCAGCUGGAGGAUCUUCUCCUUCUUCAUCAAGACCCCGUGGGAGGGAGCGCAGACCAACAUCUACUGUGCCGUGGCAGAGGAGCUGGAGAACGUCUCGGGGAAACACUUCAGUGACUGCAGCCCUGCGUUCGUCGCUCCUUAAGGGAAGAAUGAAGAAACAGCGAAGAGGCUGUGGGAUGUGAGCUGUACUCUGCUGGGGGUGCAGUGGGAUUGAACUCCACCCGAGACCCCUGCAUCGGGCCUGGGCCUUCAUUUACUAGCUCUGGAGUUUCUAAUUCUGAGGGAAACAGACCAGUUUUGGCUGAUGCCUUCAGCACUUGUAAGAGUCCUGUCUGUUUUUGUGGUGGGGUUUUAUGUUUCUAGGUAUGGGAUGUUGUGAUGUUGGUUUUAUUCUGUACAUUAGGCAGGGUACCUAAUCUCAAAACACCAUCAAAACAGAUAAACUCACUAGCCACUGUUACACUAGCCACAAUGUAUAUCUAUUGACUUAAUGUACAGAUAUGAUACAGUUGUAUAAUUUGAGGAAAUGGAGGUCUGCUUUUUUUACUUAAGCCCCAUCUACCGUAGCUGCCUUGAUUUAUGUAAAAUCCCACUUGGUCUCAGUGCUAUUAUGUGCCUUUCAUUCUCCGCACCUGUGUAUAUGUGAAUUAUUCCAUGAAAUUACACAUCAGGGAGGUAAACUGAAUUGGUCCAGCUGUUAGAUUAUUGUUAACUGAGCUCCAUAAGCUCUUGAUUCAGCGGUGUUAAUGGGUUUGAACAGAUUACAAGGGCAACCUGUAGCCUUAGCUGAAGCAGAUAGGUGAAGUGAUGUGUUUAAGCAUGUUUACUGAGCACAACAUUACUGAAGAGGCACAGUCUGUGCAAAAUAAGACUGUCACCAGAUUUAACCAGUUUGUGAUACAUGAAUGAUAUACUGUACAUAAUUCUAAAAAUGUUUGAAUGAUUACAUUGAGUUUCAUCUACAGUGCCUUGCGAAAGUAUUCGGCCCCCUUGAACUUUGCGACCUUUUGCCACAUUUCAGGCUUCAAACAUAAAGACAUGAAACUGUAAUUUUUUGUGAAGAAUCAACAAGAAGUGGGACACAAUCAUGAAGUG